UCAUUUAACAGCCCAACCAUGGUAGCCAGGCAACCAUAGCCAAGCCAAGCCCAAAACGCCGCUAGCGAGGGUACAUCCCAUUCCAAGCCCCUGGACAAAUCCCAUCAGUCAUUGUCACCUACACAGACACGCUGAGAGAAAGCUCCCAAAGCAAACCGAAGCCAUUUCGCAAAGCCAUGGAAGUGGAAGGAUCGUCGAAGAAGAUGAUAGCAACGCAGGCUGAGAUGGUGGAGGCCAGGGUCCCGCUUCCUUACAGAGACCAGUGCGCCCACCUGCUGAUCCCUCUCAACAAGUGCAGGCAGGCUGAGUUGUACCUCCCCUGGAAGUGCGAGAACGAGCGCCACUCCUACGAGAAGUGCGAGUACGAGCUCGUCAUGGAGCGGAUGCUCCAGAUGCAGAAGAUCCGUGAAGAAGAGACCAAGUUGAAGCAGCAGCAGAAGAAGCAGCCUCUUCCUAUCAUUCCCAACACUGCCACUGCUUCUUAGACGUACAAAUCCCAAAUGGGCAUGUUGAAACUGCUCAGUUGUGGAUGCUCUGAUGUUUUUAACUGCUAUGGAUGGGAAGUUAUUUGAAACAAAUAUGAGGGAGAGAGAGAGAGACAGACAGACUCCUUACAUUUAAUUCCUCAGUUUGCAACAGUGUCAACGUACGGAAUGAAAAUUUCCUCAGUAACAAAGGAUAAAGCUUGCUUCUUGCUAUUGAUUGAUUGCAAUUGUGUUGGCCAAGCCUAGAUUUCUCCUUUUCAGAUUAAUAAUCAAAGGCUUUGAUUGUUGCUUAA